GAGAAUGUGAGAGGGGCCAAUAGAGACAUGGAUUCCAGGGUUAGGGUAUGUGCGGUUGUUGCCGACUUUCACAUUCAAUGACAACGACAACAACGUGGACAUCAGGCAACAACCAACACGGUGUCUCAUUCUCAAACCCAGGGCGGCCGUGUCUGGGCUCGCUGCUCUAUCUAACUCAUUUACUGCAGAACCAACAUCAUUCUUGCUUGGCCUCAGAAGAAGGGAAGCCCACUUCCAUCAUGCCGCUCUUCGGCAGGAAGCGCACCGGCCUCGAAGCGCUGCUCCACCGUCCGCGGCCCAGCAUCUGGGAGCAGUUCCUGGCCCAGCCCUGCGUCUUUCUCGCCCGCGCGCUCUACACGUGGCGGCCACCCCUUCCCGCCCAGCCCGUGGUCGACCCCGUCUCGGUCGUGUGCGUGUCCGACACGCACAACAGCCAGCCCGCGCUCCCAGACGGCGACGUGCUCAUCCACGCCGGCGACCUGACGCAGUCUGGCACGGCCCGAGAACUCCGGGAGGCCGUAGCCUGGCUGCGGGCCCAGCCCCAUCCCGUCAAGAUCGUCGUCGCGGGCAACCACGACCUGCUGCUCGAUCCGGGCCAGGAUAUCAAUGAGCGACGGGGCGCCGGAAACGCGGUCGUCUCGGAGCGCACGGCAGUCGACUGGGGGGAUAUCAUCUACUUGGAGAACGCAAGCACAACCGUCACCUGUCCCAACGGUCGCCGGCUGCGCGUUUACGGCAGCCCCUACUCGGCCCGGCACGGCAACUGGGCCUUCCAGUACCCGCGCGGCGAUGACGUCUGGGCCGGGACAGUACCGCGAGACGUCGACGUCCUGGUGACCCACGGUCCUCCAAGGGCGCACCUCGACCUGCUGCGCCUGGGCUGCGUGCACCUGCUGCGGGAGCUCUGGCGGGUCCGGCCGAGGCUGCACGUCUUCGGGCAUGUCCACGAGGGGGCCGGCACCGAGUGGCUGCGGUUUGACGCGUUACAGGAGGCCUACGAACGCACUGUGAUCGCCGGCGGCGGGAUCUGGAAUCUCUUGCGGACGCUGAACGAGUUCAUGCGCGCGCUCUUCCGGACCGAGGUCGAGGCAAAAUGCUUGCUGGUCAACGCGGCGAUUGUAGGCGGCCUACGCGACAACGAGCGGCGGCGGCCGAUCAAGGUGGUCAUUUAGGACUUUUGCAAGCAAAGGCAGGGUAGCGGCUAACAUGGCGGCUGGCACGCUGCCAAAGGUGCCCUAUGGGCUAGAGUCGCUGUAUGGACUGUACGAGGGAGGGCUCCUCUUUUUGUAUGUAUCCAGCUCAGCGUGUCCACACAUGCCACAGUUAAGGCAUCUCGUGGGGCCACUGCG